GUAUCCCUUCACCUAGGGUUAGCCUUAUAACAGGUAUUUUACGUACUCGGCUGUGGUCGGCAGUGCCGGCAUCUCUACGAUGGUGGAAGCUGGCGACCUACGCCAUGAAAUUGUCGAUGAGGAGGACACAGGCAUUCCCCUCCUUCACAUCUACUUGCCGGAAGGAGUGUCGUCAAGCGAUGUGGACAUUUCACAGGGCAGCAAUCCUAACGUGGCAGAAGUGUUUGUCGAACAUGUCACGACCGAGCGGAUUCUGGGCAUGAUUGAGUUGCCAGGCUUCCAAGUCGACCCGGACAGCAGCGUUCGGUCCAACAAGAAGCAGCGGCGCCUCACCAUAACGCUUGUCCGUGUGGAGCAACCGGCCGAGCCUGCGGCGCCAGCAGCAGCACCCGCGGAAGCACCAGGAGCAGAAGCAACAGAGGUGGAGCCAGCAGCCCCCGCUGCCGCCGUCUCCGAACCCGCAGCAGCAGCACCUCCCUCCUCUUCCCCUACAUCGCCUGCCAAGGCCGACAGCAUUGCGGUCGUGAAGCCGCCGUCUCCGCCUCCCGCUGCCGCCACAAGCAACAUCUUUGGCAUUCUUGAUAACGAUGACGUGUCUGACGGAGAGGAGGCGGAGGCGGGUAACGAGGGCGAGGGCGGUGCGGCGGGUAAGAAGAAGAAAAAGAAGAACAAGAAGAAGAAGGGGAAGAAGGGCGGCGCGGAGGGCGGCGAGGGAGCAGGAGUGGCAGCGGCCAAUGGUGAUCACGGUGCUGCUGCUGCUGCUGCCGAGAGCGGCGAUGAGGAGGAAGUAGUGGCAGCGACAGCGGCACCUGCUGCUAAUGCCGCCGCUACUGAGGGCGCUGCUGCCGCCGCUACUGAGGGCGGAGCCGCGAAGAAGAAAAAGAAGAACAAAAAGAAGAAGAAGGGCGGCGCGGCUGCUGCUGCCGGUGGUGCCGCUGCUGCUGCAGGAGAGGAUGCGGCAGCAGCAGCGGAGGAGGAAGAUGAGGAGGAGGAAGAAGCUGCUGCUGCUGCUGCUGCUACCCCGCAACCGGAGGCGAAUGGAGCUGCUGAGGAGGAGCAGAAGGCCGCGACGGAGGAGCGCGGCCAGCAGGGGGAUAAGGACAAGGCAACUGCGCCAGCACCUGCUGCUGCACCAGCAGCUGCACCUGCAGCCACCUCGCCUCCCCUCAAGGAGGGAGGCGGCUCCCGGGCGCUUACUGUGGACCUGGAGGCGGAUUUCGCGGAGGCGCCGUACGGCAAAUUCGAACUGGGUCGUACUCUGGAUUACGACCCGCUGCUUGGACCUGCCGUACUGCACGGCCUGGGCAAGGUGCAGGUCAAGGGGGAAGACAAGUGGCUGGAGGCGCCCACAAACGCAUGGCACCUGGAGGGCUUCGAAGACGCCGUGACCUCCGUCUCCGCCUUCGGUAUCUUCGACGGCCACGGCGGCCGCGGCGGUUCUCAGCACGCCGCCAAGCAGCUGCUGCCGCUGGUGGCCUCCUUCGCGGAGCGCGCCAAGGGACCGGAGGUGCCGCUGGUCAGUGGGGAGGCGCUUCGGGCGGAGGGGUACCUGGGGGGGCAGCAGCAGCAGCAGGAGGGGGAGCAGCAGGAGGAGCAGGAGGGCGGUGCAGAGGCGGCGUUGCGGCGGGCGCGGAUCGCGGCGGCGCAAGAUGCGCUGAUUGCCCGGUUGCCCAAGGCCCUGCACGCCGGCUUCGUGCGGUGCGACGAGGAGGUGAUGACGCGGCACAAGGCCUGCGGGACAACCGCCACACUGGCCGUACAGGUCGGUUGGGAGCUGCUGGUGGCCAACGUGGGCGACAGCCUGGCCUACCUGGACACCGGGUCGGAGAUCGUGGUGAUCAGCGCCAACCACCGGGUGGCUGAGAACCCGGAGGAGCAGCAGCGCAUCCUGGCGGCGGGGGGCCGUCUCAAGCCCGCCAAGUACGGCGAGGAUGACGAGGACCCGCAGGAGGCCACCCCCGGCUCCUCCUCCGCCCCCGGCUCCCAGCAGGGCCAGCAGCUGCGCGUGUGGCCCAGCGGUAUCAACAUGACGCGGACCAUUGGUGACGAGAAGGGCAGGGGGCUGCUGAUUCCAGAUCCCGCGGUACGGCAGAUCUCGCUGCCGGUCACCGGCGCCCGCCUCAUCAUCGCCAGUGAUGGGUUGUGGGAUGCGGUGAACGCCAAGACAGUCAUUGGCCAGCUCCGCACCUGCAACGCCCGCGAAGCCGCCUCCAAGGCCGCCGUCUACGCCAUGCGCAACAAGCGAGCUGACGACGACGUAACGGUGGUGGUGGCGGACUUCUUGCCGCGACGCGAGGAGACGCAUGUGCCCGGGCUGCUGAAGAGACCCAGCGGGCCGGCGGCGGCGGCAGCGGCGGCGCUGGCGGCUGCGGGCCUGCGCGAGGAGCGGGCGGCUCAGGCUUGGAGGCCGCUGGAGACCCCGUCUGAGAGCUGGAGGGAGCGCCACCGCGCCCACCGGCACCGCGCCGCUGCCUACCUGCACCAGCUGGCGGCGGCGGAGGCGGCGGCGGCGGAGGCAGCGGAGGCGGCGGAGCGGCAGCGGCGCAUGGCGGUGGCGCCCGCCGCCGGUACGGCAGGUGUGGGUACGGCAGUACGGCUGCCCCCGGUGUCUGACACGUACCGGGAGCUGGCGGAGUUGAAGAUCACGGAUGAAGUGUUCGAGGCAGCGAUGCGCUCCGAACCCACCACCGACGCGGCUGCGGAGCAGGAUGCGGAGGGCAGCUGGGACACCGUGGCGGGCAAGAAGAAGAAGGACGGAGGCGCGGGCAGCAACCUGCAGAAAGCGCUCCUGAGGGCUGCACGGCCCAGCGCGCAGGCGGCGGGUGGCGGCGAGGGCGGGCGACGGGAUCGGCGGGAUCGGGAGCGACGGGAUCGAGACCGGCCGCCGCCGGCGCGGCGCGGCGAGCAUGAAGGUGCCGCCGGCGGCGGCGGCGCUGCCCCAAGCGGCGGCCAGGAGGCUGAAGCGGCGACGGCGGCAGGGCAGGCAGAGCAGCCUCAGCAGCAGCAAGGGGAACAGAGGCCGCCGCGGCGUGAGAGGGGCGAUCGACGGGAUCGCGGCGGGCGAGGGCCCCGCGGCGGCGGCGGCGUGACAGAGGCAGCUGGCGGCGGCGGCGGCGUGGCGGCGGGGGCGCCACCUGGUGUGGUCAAGUCAGGGACCUUGCUGGUCGUCCCCAAGUCCUUGUUGUCCGGCGGAGCUCCCGCCGCCGCCGGGAUGGCGCCGGCGCCGGCAGCGGCAACUGCCCCUGCCGUUAGCGAAGGAGUCGCUGCCAGCGCUGCGGACGCAUCCGCCGCGGCGCCGGCGGAGGGCGCCGACGGCGGCAGGCCGCGGCGGGAACGGCCACGCCGGCCCCGGCGUGGCGCCUCGACACAGCCGGGUGACGCCGCGGAGGCAGCGGAGGACGCGGGUGACGCAGACGGCGCCGCCGCCGCUGCCGAGGAGGCGGCAGGCGACGCUGCCCAACCUCAGCGCUCAGCCGGAUCCCGUCGUUCGCAACAAAGGAAGGCGGCGAAGCAGAGGGAAAGGGAAGCCGCCGCCGCUGCGGCCCCAGCGGACCUCCCCGCGACCUCCUCGACCGACCCCGUGGUCACUCCCAGACCGACGGCCGCCGGCUACAACCCGCGCCCGCAGCACUCCCAGCCGCCCCAGCGACAACAACAACAGCAGCUGCAGCAGCAACAGCAGCAGUACCGCGCUCCCGAGGUUGUUGUGACGCAAACCCAACAGCAGCAACCGCCGCCGCAGCAGCAGCAACACUCCCCUCGCAGGUCGGCGGCCGCACAGCAGGCUCCCGUUGCCGGAACCAGCUACCACCAGCAACACGUGCCUGCGGCGGCGGCGGCGCCGCCGCCAGCCGCCAUGCCGACGUACGCGGGUCCGAUGGAUUUCGGCGCCGGUUUUGGAGCUGGUACCGCCCCCGCUGGAUCUGCUGCAUGGCCGCCGGCCGUCGGCGGGCCUGGCGCCGGUCAGUACGGCGGCUUCGGCGCUGUGGGUGCGGAUGCGCCAGCGCCGCAUGGCAACAGGGGCGACGCGGCAGCGGCGGCGGCUGCCGCAGCAGCUGCCGCUGCGGCGGCGGCAGCCAUGCGGAGGCCGGUGACAGCUGGUGGUAGUGGUGGUGGUGGUGGCAGCGGCGGCGGCGGACGGGGUGGUGGAUAUCGCGGUCAGGCGGGUCAGUACGCUGCAGGACGGGCUUGAGUUGCAAUCUGUAGUACGGGCUUGAGAGUUGCAAUCCAAUUGUCGUACGUUCGAGGGUCGCACAUAAAGCGCAAUUGGGAAGGGUUUCAGCUCCGGGACAGUGCAUGUACCUCCGAGUUUAUACAUGUAGGCUGCCAUGUUGCUGUUGGCGGUGCUGGCAUUCCCUGUUUUGACAACGCAGAGCGCUUCCCUGGUGUAGGUGCUAGUGGUGUGGGGUGGCGGCGGUGGUAGCGCCAAGUGUGUUGUGUGUCAGUCGCAAUCGCCCCUGCAAUCUAAUGCGGGCGAGAGCAGUACGCUAUUAUAUGUUCUAGGUUAGUGUACAAUUGGUUGUGGCACGCACGGAGGUGGGAGCUUUACCAUCCACAAUGCUAAUGUUCGGUUGCCGCAAACAGGGCUUUUCCACCUGGUUUCAGGGUUGCUAUCUAAACCCGCGCACGUAUUGUAGGUAUUGGGGGGGCAAUGCAAAGGGGUCCUUGCCCAAAUGACGUUCCUUUGGGCAAGCU